AGCCAAAUAAGCUUCUGUUUUACUUUUGUCCUGAAAGAGGCUUUUCCUAAGCCUAAAAGGUCAUUCAUGUUGUCUUGGGGGACUUUUCUGAGACUCUUAAGUAAGGUACCAAUUGUAAAUAACUGCUCGCGAGACUGAGUCAUUUUCUAAGCCUUCAGGUGAGGCUCCUUUCAAACCACUGCCAUGGUGGAAAGCUUCUUGUAUCACGUUCUUAAACCUUGGAUAAUUGGAUUGCUUAACAGACUGCCUGGUAAUCUCAUAAAUAGCGUUUAAUCACGUAGUAAGGCAGGGAACUAAUAAUUGCUGUGGUACAUUUAAACGUGAUUCUGACCUUUGGCAUCUUCAAUAAUAAAUAUGCUCAGGCUGUACCUUUCUGUACAUUCUGAAUACAGUAGAUGUGCAGGGUGUAAUAAAUCCUAUGUGUUGCCAGCUUUGUCAGCUGAUGAACCCCCAGCGUGCCUGGAAAUAAAGCCAGAACAGUAGAAGCUUUAAACAAAAGCCAUUAUGGAGCUUCUCUGCUUCACUGGAGCAGGGAUGGCUAUGGGAAUUGUGAGCUGCUGUUCCCUCUCUGGCUUGCUAAAGUUAUAAGCACUGUGUGACACAAACUUGGAGAGGUGGCGGUGGAAAGAAAUGUGCAAAAUAAGACACCCUGAACACAGAGGAGAAGAUCAGUAAGCUUGGUCUAAUAAGAACGCGCAGUGAUGAAUGGUGUAUUUUUCAAAGCAGAUCUUACAUAGUGCCUGUUCUAUAGACAUCUUGGUGUUAUAGGUGUAUAUAUAUACGAUGUUGAAAGUUGGCUGAAUGUCAGCUUUGGGUAAUACAAAAAUGUACUAGCACAACAGAGGGCAUCAGACACCUUCUGCUGCCGUAGUCUCAGCUUUUAGUGACAUGACCAAACUAUGCUAGAAAGCCAGAAGAAAGUAGUCCCUGUUCAGCUGUUGGAUUGCCAGACUCACAGACCUGUGUGCAUCUGAAGUGAAUGCACAAGCCAGGGCUUUGACUUAGAAAUGUACAGCACAAUUGGGUAUAUGAGGGCUUAUGCAGAUGUAAGGGCACGUGUUUUUUUCCACAUGUUGUGCUUGGACCUAGAAAAUUGUUUUUUUAUAGUCAUCUGCAAGUGUAUUCACACUGUUCGUGUCAUGCAGAAGGCGUCAGGGAGGUAGAGUGCGUGUACGUUAGUGGCACGUACUGAAUGAUGCACUAGCUCAAUGCAGAGCAUUUUUACACUAUUUAGUGAUUCUGUAGCUAGCGAUAAACACUGCCAAAGGUUUACACAUCAACUCAAACAACAUAGAAGCACCUCAGCAGAGGAAGUGGUGGUAAAACAUUGCUCCUACGCCCUUGGGACCCGUAAGAGAAACAGUUUUGGCAGGUUGGGAACAAAAUAAGCCAGUUUUCUAUCAAUUACUCUUUAUGGUGAAUGUGCCGUACAAAAAAAGUAAACAUUAAUACCAGGAAAAGUCACAAAUUACUCUAAUCUAGAAGAUACAAGAGAGAAACCUUGAUGGAGGAACAGGUUUUCUGAUAUAUGAUAAAACAUGGAUCUUUGUGGAAGAUUUUCCUAUAAUGAAAGCAUUUAUAAUGUCUUCGCCCUCUCAAUGCUGCAGCAUUGCCUGUCGUGAGAGUGCUAAUAAUGGCAUCUCUUCUCUCGUUGCCUAUUUUCGAAUAACUUUAUAUGAAUAAAACCCUUCUGACAUUGCUACCCUGCAGUCAGAUUUCAUUGAAAUCAUCAAUGAAAUAAAAAAUUAAGAAUGCUGGACGGACAGUAGCCACACCUGUAACACACCUGUAAUGAUUGCCUAAGUCUUAUUUUCUGAGGAUACUGAGCUGAAAAGUAUCUGUAUUGUAUUCUGACUCCUCCAGAAAUUAUGAAUAUGUGUACUUGUAGAAGAUGCAAAUCAGUUUCUCACUACAGAAUUAUGAAUUGUGAAUGAAAGAAUUUUAGGAUCUUUUACUGAUGGUUGCUAUUUUGAAAACUGAACCUGGUAAGGUAAAGCUUGAGAAUUAACAAUUUACUUCACUGGCAGCUUUCCAUCCAUAGGCAUUGUUAGGAAUUCAUUAAAAACCCUUCAAUUAAGCUUUCUUUCUGUGUUGGCUGGAGAGGUUUUUCAGUGAAGCUUGGUUGGGCAGGUGGAGCGUUGGUAUGAAAAUACUUUGAUGAAGAAAUAUGUUAGUUCUGUUAAGAAAAGUAUUUUGUGUUUAGGCUAAGGUUUUUCAUCAAAACGGAAGAGGAAUGUGUUCUUCAUCUUCAUGUACCCAGCAUAGCCAUGGGUGCAAGGGUUCAGGCUGCUUACCUGGGACGUGAGGAGCAGAGGCUCAUGUCCCUCCUUUGGAUUCAGAUCCUGGAUCUCAGCAUGCCUAAACCUAAGGAGACGCUAGGUUGAAAAGACGUAAAUACGCAAACCUCCCUCUUUCCCCCCAGCCUGUAGGUGUAACAGGUCCUGCUGCAAAGCUGUGUGUAUUUUGUUACCCCUGAAAAUUUUAACAACGGCUAAGGAAUAAUUCCCGAGAACUGUCAGGUUGACAGGGAGCAGCCUCUCCGGGGCCGUGCCGCGGGCGCGGUGCCUGCGCUGGGGGGCGCCGUUGCCCGCGGAGCGGGGCUGUCGCCCGGCGCGGGGGGGCGUAAAGACCCGCAGCCGCGCAGAGCUGCUGUGGGCACCGCUGGCCACGGUGUCCCCUUGCACCCGGGCUCUUGGAGAGAGGUGAGUUAGGAUGCGAGCACCUCAGAUGUACUGUGCUUUUCCCCAGCACGGUAACGAUUUCUUUUAAAACGGGAGAAGGGGCUGUCUCUGCUUCCUUUGCUCUGGUUACUGUCCUGCUUCCCUGCUGCCGCCCUCAACGAGUUACAGACCCUCUUCCCCGGCACCUUUUUUCUGGUAGAAGGCUCAGCAUGCACUGGGACGUUGCCUUAUCUCUGGUCCAACAGUAAUCCUACCAUACAGCGGGGGAGAAGAGGAGGAGGUAAAAAGAACUUUUGCCUCUGCUGCUGUGACAUUAGUUUUAAGUGUGUUGAUCCUGGUUUUCCCUCCUGCUACUUUUUCCUCAUUUUCCUACUCGCUUUGUGUUUUGCUGUUUACCUUAUAGCUUGUACCUAACUGCGCAGCCGGGGGUAGGUGCUUGCGUCUUGUGCUCAUGUGGAAUCUAUUUAAGACCCUUUGCGGGGCCUCAUUCCAAACUAUGUGCCCUUCAACCUAAACUCUGUAGCAGGAGUCUUGAUUUUUUUUUGAGAACCAUUUAGAGUCUUGUAACACAUGGGAAAGUUUGGCAGCAUCGCCAGUUGAGCGAAAAAGGCUGGGGUUGUAUUGCUGAAUUAAGCACAGAAAGGAUUUGCGUGUACUUUGUCUUUUCUUCACGUUGUACCUUGCGCUGACAAAGAAACUGGAGUGUGGAAAGACGUGAUAAGUGCUUUGCGGUGGCAGAGCCAAACAGCUCGGACUCAGUUUCUGGAGAAUAAGGGUUUGUCCUCUCUGGUGCAUGAAGAUUGGUUUUGCAGAGCCUGCCUCGGUAGCCAGCCAGGGUAGCCCAGCCCGCAGAGCCCAGCAGAUGGGGUGCCAGCCCUGCAGUGUGCCCAGCCCAGCUCCGGGCUGCAACAGGAGGCUCCCAGGUAAGUGGUGCUUACCUUGUGCCUUGCUUUGGCUUUAUGUUGCGGGAUAUACUAGUAAUAAGACUGCAAAAUUCCAUUAUUUUUCCUUAAGGGAUUUAAGCAUAUUUCUCUAUGAUCUAAUCUGCAGGCAAAAUGCCCAUUCUUUAAAUUUUAGCUUAUAGGCAGCAGUGGUUCUAAAGCUUCUUGAGACUUCACGUGGUUAUUAGGAAUUAGUUGGAGGAGUGUCUUUAGGGCAGCUGAGUAAUUUCUGUCAAUCUCCCUUCAGGCAGAUUUGGAAUACAUUCUAGAAUAAAUUCGGUCCCUGCAUAAUUCUAUAUAAAAUAGAGAUUCACAUAUCCCACCUGGGAGGCUUAAUUUCUGACUGUAACUACAUAAAUCAACAGAAAGCAUCUCUCACAAGAAUAUUUUCUGACCCAGACGGUGAUUGAGUUACAAAUGCAUUUUUCAUGUCCUUAUUGUGAAAUAGAGGUCAGGAUAAAAUACAAUCAGAAGAUUGAAAUGCAGCUCUUGGCUAUAGAUCCUCAUUCAUUAAAUUAGCAUCUCUCACUGGGUUUUAGUUUCUCUACGUUUGACAUUCUGAAUUAACUGAGUUCAACAGAACAGUCUCACAACAGCAGAAAAACUGAAUCUAUUUCUAAAAUGUAUACACAACAGGUAGAGUCUUUGAAGGCUGUAUCAUACCUGUGUCCAACAAAUAACUUCAGAUUGCCUGAAUGACAGCACAGAUAAUGUUACUGUUUCAGUGAACUCCUUGAAGUCUAAGAAGAGCAAAAUCUGCACUUCCUUAAGAGCAGAAUCUCUUGAAGAGAAGAUAGUUGAGAUUGAAAGCAAACGUAUUAGAAGUCCAUGCAUAGUUCAGAAUAAUUAAUCAUUCUUAGUUAUUGAGAAGCAAGGAAAUUCUGUCUUCCAUUUCCCCCCAUCAUAUUUCUUUUCUGAAUAGCAAAGAACUAAAAUCGUCUGAACAAGCUAAUAAAGUCAUCCAGGAAGUUGAGCUCAUUUCCAAUAUUAGAAUAAGUGCUGUACCUACAAAAGAGGUGAGUUCAUAGGAAGCUGAUGGCAAGCUCUGUUUCCCUAAAUGUUCAAAGCUUUGUUUGUCUCUUUCUAAAAGCACAAAAGAAGUGAUGUCUUAGGGGUUAAAUCAAAACCUCCAUCAUUUACCCCUAAAAUACAGUUAGCAAAAUAGAAAUGUUGGGAGUCAAGCCUGCUAGCUUCUGUCUGCUGUGUGCUUGCCUAUGGUCAAAGGAGAUACUUUAAAGGACCUAGGUCUAACCAGCAGAUCUUUAAUUACAUAAGUCAGUUCGAUACUUGAAUAAAGAAUGAUUUCCACGUCAUACUGCUCAACGAGCUGUUGAGAUGUGGAGUGAAUACUGUAAUAAUGUCACUAAGUAUCUGUUUGGAAGCAUAAUGAGAUUUUGCCUUGUAUUCAUCCCAGCAACUGGGGGAUAUUUUGUUCUUCAAAAGUUGUUGGCUCAAUUUUGCAUCUAGUCAAGUCAGGUGGAUCUUGCCAUGUCAAGAAGAUACAGGAGCAUAAAGGAGAACGUGACCUCAAAAGUAGAUGGAGAUAAGUCACAGCCACCACAUUCAGACUGGAAGUACAGUGUAGGUCUCCUUAAGGUUUUGAUUUAGCCUGUUGUAUACCCAAGGCACCAUUACGAAAAAGUGUGUUAGCACACAUCCAUUGCCCACCAAACAUCCACAGGUCAGAACUGGAGUUUAGGUACAUAUACAUCUUUGGUAGCAGUCACAUAAAAAAAAUCAAUGGUAGGUUGUAUUUCCUUACCUAUAAAGGCAAGAGGUUAACAAAUGAUGACACAAUUUAAAAUUAGAAAGAGACAGCAGUUCUUCAAGUGUGUGCAAGUUUUUCAAGUGGAGUGGAAAAUGUUCCUACCCUCUUUCUCUGAAUUCCAGUGUUAGAGUUUGCAUUUCUGCUUAUUUUUCCUAUCGUGCAAGUCUCUUGUAGAGCACCAGUGAUUACCCUGGCCAGCUAAUUCUGUUCUGAGAUUUAAUGCAUUAUACCGCUUCUGUAUAACAGGAAAGGCAACUUCCUCUUUAAAGCUACGUAUUACUAAGUAAGGAUUUCUGAUGGGCGGAGCUUUCCCUCGAGCAGGCUAGAUAAAGGCUUGCAGGAUUUACAGACCUCUCAGACUGCAAUCAGCAUGAACUGCAGCCUGCCAGACAGCGUGCUGCUCAGCUACGCGAUGGAUGGACUGCGGGACAGAUUGUGCCUCCAGUCUCUUUGGGACUUUAUCACAGCAAAGGAGCCAUUGAUCAAGUCACCCUUUUUUCCAGUGCUGUUUUCUUUUACAGCAUACAUGGCUUUCUGUCUUCCAUAUAUUGCACUGGACUUUUUAAGCACUAGACUAACAAACCUGAGAAAAUACAAAAUCCAGCCGCAGAACUAUCCGACUCUUGGAAUGAUGGUGCCUUGCAUUAUUCAAAGUGCGUAUCACCAUGUUGUUUUUAUUUUCCCGGUGACAUUUCUCCACUGGUACUGGAGACCAAUGAAUCUACCAGUGAUAGCUCCAGAGCUGCCUAAAGUCCUGCUGGAAGUAGUAGUUUGCCUGCUUCUGUUUGAUUUCGAGUACUUCCUGUGGCAUUUGCUUCAUCACAAGGUGCCUUGGCUCUACAAGACCUUCCACAAGGUGCAUCACAAGCAUGUGUCAACAUUUGCUCUUACUACACAGUAUUCCGGUGUGUGGGAAUUGCUCUCACUGGGAUUUUUUGCUGCUAUCAACCCAGUGCUCCUCGGAUGCCAUCCUUUGACAGAAAUGAUUUUCUUCCUUGUAAACAUUUGGUUGUCAGUGGAGGACCAUUCAGGAUACGACCUUCCAUGGUCAACUCACAGACUUGUGCCUUUUGGUUUGUAUGGAGGAGCACCACAUCAUGAUCUCCAUCAUCUGAAAUUCAAAUCAAACUAUGCUCCUUACUUCACCCACUGGGACAAACUCUUCGGGACAUUCACAGAGUCGCAUUCUAACUAAGGAUAUUUACCUGUGGAUGAACUCUUAUUUUUUUAUAGACUAUACUGGGACAUUACUUUUUCAAAUACAUUCAGAAGAUUGUAUAUUUGAAGCUGCCUAUGAAAGCAAUAGCUAUUUAUAACAAAUCCUCUUAAUAUAUGUGUAUUUGUAUGUAUUGUUGAAACUGCCUAUGUUAAAUGACUGCAAAUGGGAGGGUAAAUAUCUGUUGCUUAAAUUUGUUUGAGUCAAAGGUGUAAGGGAAGCAUUAAGAGACAUUAUCUCUUCUUUCCUUCUUUCCAGCUUUCAUAAAGCAUGUAUUGUAUUACUGUAUGAUGUUUUAUACAUACGCCAGAACAAUUAUCUUACUGUUGUAGGAUGAUUUAUGAUGUAAACAGAAAAGGUACACAUCAUGGAUUUUGUGGAGUUUAAUCUGACAGAGCAUACUAUUGCACAGUGAUGUUAAAUAUUGCUGCCAAACAAAGCUAGUUGGCUAACUGUGCAAUAAUCUUGAUAUUUAUGUUUUAAAGCUUGAUGUACUAUCUGUUUUUAAUAGAAAAUAA